GUGAUCGUACAAGGGUUUGGCAAUGUCGGUUCCCAUGCAUCCGUUUUUGUAGUGGAAGCCGGUGCCAAACUGAUCGGUGUUCAAGAAUUUGACGUGUCUCUAGUAAAUGAGAAUGGCAUUGAUCCAAAGGAAUGUGGCUAUUAUGCAAAAAAUAAUAAAUCAAUCAAGGGCUAUACCAAAGCCACCGAAAAAGAGGGCAGUUUGUUGGGUGAAAAAUGCGAUAUACUAAUGCCUUGCUCUACGCAAAAGGUUCUCACUGUCGAAAAUGCUAACAGUGUACAAGCCAAGAUGAUUUUAGAAGGCGCUAAUGGUCCUUCGACGCCAGCUGCCGAUGAAAUAUUACGUAAAAAGAAUGUACUCAUUAUACCGGAUUUGUUUUGCAAUGCUGGCGGUGUAACGGUAUCCUACUUUGAGUACUUA